AUGAUUCUUCCCCUCUUUUUCGCCCUCGCGGGACUUGCAUUCGCUUUCCCUCAGACUGCACCGAGCACCAACACCGGAGCCUCAUGCCAGCAAUUGGGAAGUGGGAGCCAGGUUGGUGCUUACACAGUCACCUGUGGCGCGGACCGUGCAGGAGGUGAUCUUUCGUUCGCACAAGCCUCUUCAUUCGCAGCAUGUAUCCCUCUCUGCGACGCUUUAGCAGGGUGCAUAGGUUUUGCUUACGUCGGUGGAUCUGGUUCUGGAUUCUGCUACUUCAAGAGCAGCUUGACCGCGCAGACAUCCAACCCUAACGUCGACAUCGCGGUCAAGCCUGUGGCCACACCCAACACAUCAAUCUCGGCGGCCGCCAUUCCUUCAGCUCCUGUCUCGGUGUCUUCUGGCGUCGCUCCUUCUGCAUCAAUUUCAACCGCUACUGUCACUCUCCCGACUUCUGCAGCACCGACCUCGAGUGCCGGAGCUUCAUGCCAGCAACUUGGAAAUGGCAGCCAAGUCGGUCUCUACACUGUCGCUUGUGGCACCGAUCGCGCUGGAGGCGACCUGUUUUCUGCAGGCGCUUCAUCAUUCUCCGCAUGUAUCCCAAUGUGCGAUGCUCUGGUCGGCUGCGUAGGCUUCGCAUACGUUGGCGGCUCUGGCUCCGGAACCUGCUACUUCAAGAACAAUCUGACGCCUGCAACCGCAAACUCGAAUGUCGAUGUCGCUACCAAGCCUGCCGCCUCGCAGUUCAGUCUCAAGCACUCGUUCAUCAAGCCUAUCAGCCCCGACCACGAUCUCAGUGCCAACCACGGUCUCCCUCCCAGCCGGGAUCGCUAUUCCAACCACAUCAGUGCCAACGACUUCUUCCAUACGCAGCAGCUCUUCAAGCAGCUCUACUAG